UACCAGAAGUACAACAACUGUCCCGGAUGUGUUUUUCACAAAAAGGUGGCGGCGGUUAGUAGAGCCUGUCUGUGAGGUAGCUAAUGAACACAAUUUUUAGUAUAUUAGUGUGAAUUUAAGGUGUAUUUGUAAUUUGAAUAAAUAUGGCUACGUACAUAUAAUUGAGUAGGCGCCGCGAGUAAGGACGGGAUAAAAGAAACCGCUCAAGAUUGCUUAUAACGUUAGCAUGUAGCUAAACACCUAAAGAUUAACAUUAGAUAUUUUAGAAUUGUUUGGAAAUUGCAACCAUGAGUCUGGCAGUUGGUCGAGAACCCAGAAAGACUGCUGGCAAUCGCAUGUCAAAGUUACUGGAUGCUGAAGAAGAGGACGAGUUCUACAAGACCACCUAUGGAGGUUUUAACGAUGAAUCAGGAGAUGAUGAGUAUCACGGAGAACAUUCGGACACAGAGGACGAGGUGGACAGCGACUUUGACAUCGAUGAGGGAGACGAGCCAGACAGCGACCAGGAAGAGGAUGCACCUCGGAGGAAAAGUCGGGUUGUCACUAAAGCUUAUAAGGAACCUAUAAAAGUGUUUAAACCCAAACCCAAAAGACCCUCUGAGGAACACAAGAAGACUGAGAAAACUAAAGUGGAGCUCAAAAGGAGAAUUCCGCAAGAAUUUCAAGAUUUUGGCGAGACUCGGAAGUCUGUGCGACAGUCCACCAGUGAACAUACCCGAAAGACCAAUCUGCGCUUACAAGAGCGUCAGGAUGCCCCUCGACGACGGAGAGGUGGUCAUCGUGACCGGCCCCUUACCCAGGAAGAGCUGCUGGCUGAGGCCAAGAUAACAGCUGAGAUCAACAUUCGAUCAUUAGAGAACUAUGAACGUCUGGAGGCAGACAAGAAGAAACAAGUCCAUAAGAAGCGUCGUUUUGAGGGACCAACCAUCCGGUACCAUUCGGUCCAGAUGCCCCUCGUCUCUCACUCAGUCUUAAAAGAAGAAAACGUAGAUGUUGAAGGGUUGGAUCAGGAUGUUCCUCAGACUGCACCCCAGAAUCCCACCACACCUUCACAGCAACCUGCUGGUGGCUUGUGCUCCCGUACUUAUAUAACAGUCAGUGACGAUGAGGCUUUUGAGGCAGCGUUCCCACGCAGCGCCCAGUCAAGUCCUCAGCUACCCGUCCAGGAGGUUUGUCCUGUCACUCACAAGGCUGCGCUGUACCGAGACCCAGUUACUGAUAUACCUUAUGCUAAUGCACGAGCCUUCCGCAUCAUCCGUGACGCGUACCGCAAAUACGUAGCUGCUCAUGGAUUUCCGCACGCUUAGGAAGGAGUGACGGGAAUUGACUCCAUACCAUCAAAGGGUCCCUGGCAUAAAAUGGUUGUCAAACAGAGUGCUGUUGCAAUUCAGACUAAUUUCAAUUUAGGAAAUACAGUAGGUUUGUGUUUCUUUUAUUAAAAAAAAUCUCAGUUUAGGUACAGUGACUUGAUUGUGUGAUUUAAAGUAAAGUCACAACCUGUUGUCUUCCACCUCUACCACAGAUACCAUUUAUUCAAACAUCUUUGUGAAUCUGCGUUUUCCUCCCUUUGUACCAGUGUCCCUAACCCCAGGAAUUUGCAGUUCACUUUGGGAUUGAGCAGUUAUAACAAUAAUUAUGUUGCUGUUGUUGAAGCAGCUAUACUUUGUAAAUUGACUUACAAGGAUGUACAGCAACUCAGUGAGAAACCAGUGUUACCACAGCCAAAUCUUGUUGCAUUCUUGAGAGCUAUAACAAAGUCUUUCUUGUGACUAGUGGAUGAAAAGCUACAACUUGGCUUUGGAAUUCAAAAUAGGUCUGUAUAUUGGUAACUUAGAUUUUUUUUUUAUGACUUGCCUUGUUUACUGUUUGCUAAGAAAUUUUUGUUUCUACAAAUGUACAUACUAAACAGAAAAUAAAUAUAUGAAACUUGUAGUAA